UAGCCGUGAGAGAAGAUGGCGAGCGCUAUGGUGGUGACAACUGGUGUGGUGGCCAGUCGGGCUAACAAGCGAAGUGUCUGCGGGCCGGGAGGUGGUGGCGGCGGUGGGGUAGCCCGGGGGGCGGAGGAGGAACCCCCGCCGCCCCUACAAGCAGUUCUGGUGGCUGAUAGCUUCAAUCGCCGUUUCUUCCCCAUCUCCAAGGACCAGCCUCGGGUCCUCUUGCCCUUGGCAAAUGUGGCACUAAUUGACUACACUUUGGAAUUUCUGACUGCCACAGGUGUACAGGAAACCUUUGUCUUUUGUUGCUGGAAGGCGGCUCAAAUCAAGGAACAUUUACUAAAAUCCAAGUGGUGCCGCCCUACAUCCCUCAAUGUGGUUCGAAUAAUUACAUCAGAGCUAUAUCGAUCACUGGGGGAUGUUCUUCGUGAUGUUGAUGCCAAGGCCUUGGUGCGCUCUGACUUCCUUCUGGUAUAUGGGGACAUCAUCUCAAACAUCAAUAUUACCAGAGCCCUGGAGGAACACAGGUUAAGGCGAAAGCUAGAAAAAAAUGUAUCUGUGAUGACAAUGAUCUUCAAGGAGUCAUCUCCCAGUCACCCAACUCGUUGCCAGGAGGACAACGUGGUAGUGGCUGUGGAUAGUGCCACAAACCGAGUUCUCCAUUUUCAGAAGACCCAAGGCCUUCGACGUUUUUCUUUUCCUCUGAGUUUGUUCCAGGGCAGUGGAGAUGGAGUGGAGAUUCGCUAUGAUUUACUGGAUUGUCAUAUCAGCAUCUGCUCUCCUCAGGUGGCUCAACUCUUUACAGACAACUUUGACUACCAAACUCGGGACGACUUUGUGCGAGGCCUGUUAGUGAAUGAGGAGAUUCUAGGGAACCAGAUCCACAUGCAUGUGAUAACUAAGGAAUAUGGUGCCCGGGUCUCCAACCUACACAUGUAUGCAGCUGUCUGCGCUGAUGUCAUCCGCCGAUGGGUCUACCCUCUCACCCCAGAGGCAAACUUCACUGACAACACAACCCAGAACUGCACUCAUUCCCGGCACAACAUCUACCGAGGGCCUGAGGUCAGCCUGGGCCAUGGCAGCAUCCUGGAGGAAAAUGUGCUCCUGGGCUCUGGCACUAUCAUUGGCAGCAAUUGCUCCAUCACCAACAGUGUUAUUGGCCCUGGCUGUCACAUUGGUGAUAAUGUGGUACUGGACCAGGCCUACCUGUGGCAGGGUGUUCGAGUGGCUGCUGGAGCACAGAUCCAUCAGUCUCUGCUUUGUGAUAAUGCUGAAGUCAAGGAACAAGUUAUACUGAAGCCACACUGUGUCCUCACUUCCCAGGUGGUAGUGGGCCCAGAUAUCACACUGCCUGAAGGCUCGGUGAUCUCUUUGCACCCUCCAGAUGCAGAGGAAGAUGAGGAUGAUAGCCAGUUCAGUGAUGAUUCUGGGGCUGACCAAGAAAAGGAGAAAGUGAAGCUGAAAGGUUACAAUCCAGCAGAAGUCGGAGUUGCAGGCCAGGGUUAUCUCUGGAAAGCCGCAGACAUGAAUAUGGAAGAAGAAGAGGAACUACGGCAGAAUCUCUGGGGACUCAAAAUCAACAUGGAAGAAGAGAGUGAAACUGAAAGUGAGCGAAGCAUGGAUUCUGAGGAGCUGGAUAGCCGGGCAGGCUCCCCACAGAUGGAUGACAUCAAAGUGUUCCAGCAUGAGGUCCUGGGAACACUACAGCGAGGCAAGGAGGAGAACAUUUCUUGUGACAAUCUAGUCCUAGAGAUCAACUCUCUCAAGUACGCCUACAACAUAAGUCUAAAGGAAGUGAUGCAGGUGCUGAGCCACGUGGUCCUGGAGUUCCCCCUGCAACAGAUGGAUUCUCCGCUGGACCCAAACCGCUACUGUGCCCUGCUGCUUCCCCUGCUCAAGGCCUGGAGCCCUGUUUUUAGGAACUACAUAAAGCGUGCAGCCGAUCAUUUGGAAGCACUAGCCGCCAUUGAGGACUUCUUCCUGGAGCAUGAAGCUCUUGGUACUUCUAUGGCCAAGGUACUGAUGGCUUUCUACCAGCUGGAGAUCUUGGCUGAAGAAACAAUCCUGAGCUGGUACAGCCAAAGAGAGAUAACUGACAAGGGCCAGCAGUUGCGCAAAAACCAACAGCUGCAGAGGUUCAUCCAGUGGUUAAAAGAGGCAGAAGAGGAGUCAUCUGAAGAUGACUGAAGUCGCACUGCCUGUUUCUGUGGGUGUGGUUGAAGACCCUCCUGGCUUCUGGGCCAGAGCAAGUGGGAGGCUAGUUGCAGAAGAUGGGUGACCACCAUUCUGGCUAAGACUUAAAAAGGAGCAGAGACUGGAACUACAGUAUUCUUCCCACCACCAGUAACCAUGUGCCUCGCAUCCUGACUGGGGAGUUGGGAUUAGGGAAGUUGAGCUGAAACAAAGCUCUGCCUAAGGAGGAGCUAAGCAGGCCCUGCAGUUAGAGGAAGACCAGAGGCACAGCUUUGUGCUUUGGCUUUCCUUCGGGAAACAGCAGAGACAGCUGGCCCUUUCUGCUGCUUGUAUUUGUUAAUAUUAAAAAAAGAGAGAUUUCUGUCCAACUCUGACUGAUCAGCUCUUACAGUAGUGACCAAAGAGUUCUGAACCUCUGACCUGACAGCCUUUCCUUAACAGCAGGGGGAGCAGAAGAGGGGUGUUAUGGCCACUAGGUGGUACUGUGGUGCCUUGCUAAUUGACCGUUGCCAUAGCUCAUGGGUAAUGGAGGACCUAGAUUCUUUUCUAGCCUCUGGACCAGUUUGUCUCCUGGAGUAGUGUGCUUGAGCCUGUUUCCAGAGAGUGUCCCAGUCCCGAGCACUUUUCUGCCUGAGAGUGAUGAUGCCAAGCAUGUGUAAAGUCUGUUAACCACCUGCCAGUCCUUCGUGCUUGUUCAUUUGAUCUAGUACUACUGUCGGGGGAGCUGGGCUGCUCUUCAUCUUAAAGAUGAAGAAAUUUGCUCAAGGUCUCAUCACUCUUGAGGGGGUAAAGCUAAGGAUUUGAGCCUCAUAAUCCAGAAUUCUUUUUGCUUCGGCAGAUUUAGUGUCUAGGUGAAGAGAAAGUGCCCACGAAAACUAAUAUAACCCUAAGCCAGCAAUGAAUAUCUUAAGAACAGAGGGAGAGCCUGCCAAAUCUUUUCCCCUAAUAUUGAAAGUGUUUCCCCUAAUUGAAAACGUUUACUGUGACAGGCAUUUUGCUAAAAGCUUUUUAUGUUAUUUUAGUUAACCUUUCACAUCAGCCCUAUGAUGUAGCCUUAUGCUCAUUUUCAAAUGAGCCUGAAGUUCAGAGAGGUCCUAUAACUGGUAACUGAUAGAGCCAAGAUUUGUUACUGGACUCUAGAAUUGGAGUUUGUCUCCUUUAACCUCAACCAUAUGUCCUUCUGUCUCAUCUUUUUGAGCUCUUUGUUGUCUUCACAUAACACUUACUCUAUUGACAAUUAAAUUGUGGCAAAUGUUAACUGGUAACAAGUGGCCCUCCUGAAAAUCACAGAUAAAAUGGUUCCCUUCCUUUAUUUCAGUUGGGUGGAAUGGAGUUAGCCAAAGAGGAUGAUACUGAACUGUACUGAAGAGGUGUGAAGCUAUUACUGAGUAUUUCUAAAGAAGAAAAAACAGGCUGGCCAAGAUUUGGCCUU